GCAAUGCGUUGUAUUUGUAUCGCUGACUUUAAACGCCGAUGACAGUACAGGAUGGAGGCAGUUCUAGCCAAGUAUGAGAAUAAUAUCGUGUUCGAGUAUUUAGAAGACUUGCCAGAAUCGGAUGAGCCGGUAUGGAUUUUGGGAGUGUGUUACAAUACUAAAACAAACAAAGCAGAGCUGCUCUCAGACGUGCGAUCAAGACUGUGGUUUACAUACAGAAAAAAGUUUUCGCCCAUAGGAGGAACAGGUCCUUCAUCAGACACAGGCUGGGGCUGCAUGCUACGAUGCGGACAGAUGAUUCUUGCACAGGCUUUGCUCUGUAGGCACCUUGAACGUGAUUGGCGAUGGGAUCCAGAAAAGCAUCAGCCUAAAGAGUAUCACCGUAUCUUGCGCUGUUUUCUUGACAAGAAGGAUAGCUGCUACUCCAUCCACCAGAUGGCUCAGAUGGGUGUUGGAGAGGGUAAGUCUGUUGGAGAAUGGUACGGUCCAAAUACCGUGGCACAAGUGCUCAAGAAACUUGCUUUGUUUGAUGAUUGGAAUUCUUUGGCUGUGUACGUGUCAAUGGACAAUACGGUUGUUAUUGAGGACAUCAAGAAACAGUGUCAUCAGCCACGCUAUGAAAGCAGGUCCAGGGCCGGUCCCUGUAGCCAGGGUGAGGUCUCGGUGUCCGGCCAGAGCUGUUCAGAGGGCCAGGGAAGAGCCAUUCAGCCAAAAAGGCCCCUGGACUGGAGGCCCCUGCUGCUGUUGAUUCCUCUCCGGAUGGGUAUCAACAACAUCAACCCGGUUUAUAUUCAGGCCCUCAAGGAGUGUUUUAAAAUGCCGCAAUCAUGUGGUGUUUUAGGAGGAAAGCCCAACCUGGCCUAUUAUUUUAUUGGAUUUAUUGAUGAUGAGUUGAUCUAUCUGGACCCUCACACCACCCAGCAGGCCGUGGAGUCUGAAUCCAACAUUGUUGUGGAUGAUCAGAGCUAUCACUGUCAGAGGACUCCACACCGCAUGAAAAUCACAAACCUGGACCCUUCUGUCGCAGUGGGUUUUUUCUGCAGGACUGAGGCGGACUUUGACAGCUGGUGUAAGCUGGUUCAGCAGGAGCUCCUCAAGAAGAGAAACUUGCGUAUGUUUGAGCUGGUUGAGAAACAUCCAUCUCAUUGGCCUCCGUUUGUUCCCCCCACCAAACCAGACGUGCAGACCACAGGAGCAGAGUUCAUUGAGUCUCCAGACAAGCUUUUUGAGUCGGAGGAGGAGUUUGAGAUCCUAAACGUGUGAUCUCCAUCUCACUCAGCUGAUCAACCAAUGAGAGUCCUGGCUGAGGAGGCAUCAGAGAUGUUCUUCUGCGUUACAUUGCACAAGUGCCUCAGAUCAACACCAAGCACAACACGAUCACUGUACAAGUAAACAAAGCAAACAACAGCCAGGACAGUACCAGACUGACACAUCUACUGUCAUCAUAAAUGAGCCUGUGCCGUUUUAAGUUGAUCUGCGGUUAGCAGGACAACCAAGCCAAGGAUCCCUGUAGCAACCCUGUGUGACAUUUAGCCUCAUUUGGAGGCUCAGACUUGUUUUUAAUUUUCAAAAAAAAAAGCUAUCAGGACUGUCAAUUCAAUUUGCAUGAACUUUAUUGUAAUGUUUUACAGAACGGUGCAUGAGGAUGAUAUCUUUACAACCUCAACACAGUCUACCUCCUGACUGCAGGAGACGGCAAAUAUGCAGACAUCUUUUAUUCAGUGUUAUUCGAGGAAAGAAAUAACCUUAAUGGUUACAUAAGUGCCUAUCUCUUUGACAUAUUUAUGUUUUUGUUUCUGACUGGUAAAGGUGAUGUUUCCUUUCCUUAUUAAGAUGGGUUAAUGAUUUACCCACCCCUGCACACUUGUGUAAAUAUGGCUUCAUAUUAAGAUAUUUAAAUACAUUUAGCAAGACUUGGAUUUGUCUUAUCACUUUUUAAAACGAUAAACUGUAAAGCUACUGUCCCUUUAUAAUAAUGAUAUCUUUGUAUCAGGUUAAUUCUUCACUGUCUAAAAAUGUAUGAAAUUAUAAAAGUUAUUUAAUGUUUGUUAGUAUUGGGAAAUGUGACGGUCGCAUACAAAGUCAUUGUUACUAAUAGUUUUUGGUUUUGGAUUGUAUUACGUAAUUAAAAAUGGAUGUUUUAUUA